AUGGCUCUGACCAACACAAAGACGGGCUUUUCCGUGAAGGACAUCCUGGACCUCCCCGACACCAACGACGAGGACGGUUCCGCCGCGGAGGGCGGCGAGGAGGAGAGCGAAGCGCCGGAGCCCCCCAAGAAAGCGGGCGUUCUGGGACAGACCCCCUUGGACACUGUUCAGGCGCUGCCCCUGAAGAGCCCCUUCUACGACAACAGCGACAACCCCUACACGCGCUGGCUGGCGAGCGCUGAGGGCAUCCAGUACUCCCUGCACGGGCUCACGGCCGGCGGCGGCGGCCCGGACGCCGCCGCCAAGUCCCCGGAGCCGUCGGCCGACGAGUCGCCCGACAACGAGAAGGAGGCGGCGGGCGGCGGGGACGCGGGGAAGAAGAGGAAGAGGAGGGUGCUCUUCUCCAAGGCGCAGACCUACGAGCUGGAGCGGCGGUUCCGGCAGCAGCGGUACCUGUCGGCGCCCGAGCGGGAGCACCUGGCCAGCCUGAUCCGCCUGACGCCCACCCAGGUGAAGAUCUGGUUCCAGAACCACCGCUACAAGAUGAAGCGGGCCCGGGCCGAGAAAGGUAUGGAAGUGACUCCUCUUCCCUCCCCGCGGCGGGUGGCCGUGCCGGUCUUAGUCAGGGACGGCAAGCCCUGCCACACGCUCAAAGCUCAGGACUUGGCAGCCGCGACUUUCCAGACGGGAAUCCCCUUCUCCGCCUAUAGCGCCCAGUCUCUACAGCAUAUGCAAUACAACGCCCAGUACAGCGCGACCAGCAACCCCCAGUACCCCACAGCACACCACUUGGUACAGGCUCAGCAAUGGACUUGGUGA